AUGCCACCGAACCGCUGGUCCAGCGACGCUGCGCUCGCCACCGAACCGCUGCUCCGUCAGACGCUGCGCACAACGACGCUCCUCCCGAAGCGGCGCAACGCCGCCGAACCGCCUGACGCUGUGCACGCCGCCGCUCCGGCAGUCCGGCCGAUGUUGUGCAUGCCUCCGCACUGCCGUGCACGCCGUCGCGCACACCACCGCUGCCCCGCCCAACACGGGCGCACACCGCCGUCGCGCACACCACCGCUGCCCCGCCCAACGCCGCGCACACCACCGUCGCUGCGCACCACCGCUGCCCCGCCCAACGCCGCGCACACCACCGUCGCUGCGCACGCCUCCUGUCUGCCUCCCCGUGAUUUGGCCGGCUCCACGCUGCAAGCAGGAAGCAGCAGCAUCGCACGCCUCCGGCGCAGUGCGCUGCCCAACCCCGCCGCCGCACUCCUAAAUUCGGGUCUUUUGCACCGGUUCGUGGCUGGAACCAGUGCAAAAGAGUCUUUUGCACCGGUUCCAGCCACGAACCGGUGCAAAAGACCCCUUCUACUUAACUGCCCGCGCCCCUCCUUCUUCCCCCAUUCGCGCGAGGAGAUUUUGGACGCCGGCAGGCUGCCAAAUCUUUGCACGCCCUGCCGCCGUCGCCCGCCGCCCGCCCGCGCCGUCGCUCGCCGUCGCCCGCCGUCCGCGCUGUCGCCCGCGCCUCGCCCGCGCCGUCGCCCACCGCCGCCUGCGCGCUGCCGCCCGCCCCGCCCGCGCCGCGCCCUGCUCCUCCUCUUCAUCCUCCACACCGCGCCGCGCCGGACUGCUCCUCUUCCUCUCCUCCGCGUCGCCGCCUGCGCGCCGCCCCGCCUGCGCCGCCCUGCUCCUCCCUCCGCGCCGUCCGCCGCCGCACGCCCUCGAGGCUAUUCUAACACAUGGGUUAGCAAUGUUUCCAUCCUCUUUGUCAUGGACACUCUAGAAAUGUGCUCCCGCUGA